AUGGGAGAUCAUGGCAGCUCUCCAACAUGCCUAUCAGCAGAGCCUCAUGGCCCAGCUGAAGGGAGCCACGGAACCAUUCGAGACCACGCUGCUCACUAUUUUGGUUGCAUCGAGAUCGCUGAUCGAGUCAACUAUCUGAGCCGAGAGAAAAACUCGGAUCUCUGGGAUCACGAGAUUCAAAUCGAGGCUGAGAGGCUGCAGCAACGAAAACCUACCAUCAGUGAGGACGAACGGCUAAAGACUGCGAAAGAAAAGGUUGAAGCUAGAAUCAAGAGUCUCGCUGUGAGCAUUGAAGCGCAAUACAAGCGAACGGACAUCCUUCGGAAAGCACUCUCGGAGGUGAGAUGUCCCCAAUGCAAAGAUGAACCUCCAAACAAAGACGUAGAGGACCCGGCGAAUCAACACCCUCAGUGCGACCUGGUUCAUCUUGUAUCUCACAGUCACGAGGAAUGGAAGAAUUCAGACAGUUACAAGAAGGGUAUCGAGAUCAUCCAAGACUGGAAACGACACAAAACAUCAUCGGCACAGAGUAGCGAUGUUGAGGACGAGCAUGUCACAAAUAGUCCGAGUUUAGUAAGCAAUGGCCAGCUCAGAUUGGCGCCUGAGAGGGAAGAGGCUCGCAAGAUCAUCCGGGAUGGUCAUACCGAUGUCGAUUAUGCCUUUGAAGAAGAUGAAGACACACCCUCGUACGAGCUGGAACGAGAUAUGAACGGGUACCUCAUUCAGUGGAAGAUUUUGAAACCUGGAGAGUCACUCAAAAAGCUCGACUCGCACACGCCAAUCAACAUCUCCCCAACGUCGGUCAAUUUCACCCUUCCCUCACAGCUCCCAUCUCUUCCUCCUUCUCCUCGGCGAGCUCCUCGACCUCGGGCAGCUAGAGCGCCGAGUGAAGCUACAGUUCAAUUCGAAGCUACAGACCACAAGCCGAAGGAACGUCCGACCGGGCCCAGUCGCUUGCGCUCUGGGACACUGCAAUCCGCCUCCUAUCUCGAGCCUUACACAGAACAGGAGAGAUAUCUGGAGCCGUUGACCGAGAACCUCACCGAUUACCGUUUCAAAGGGAAGUUUCCUGAUCAGAGACUGACUUUGCAAAACCUUCUCGACCCAGCACCGGAAAGGCCAGAGCCUCAGGACGUAAUCCUAUCUCGAGAUCGACCAAACAAGGAUGGAAGAGUGCGGUACUUCCAUAUACCGCAUAACAACAUGCAGGUGAGAGAAAUCAUCGCGUUCAAACGAAAGUUUCAUUCUAAUCUCACUGGGCUCAUCCCGUUGCAGGAAGCCAUCGCACGUUACUUCAACGAGGAGUGUCCACUGUCCGACGGAAUUUACCGAAACCCGUUGAAAACGCAUAGCCGUAUGAUCUUACGUCCUGAAUAUUGGAGAGGUCAACAGCAUGGUGGCAGGCGCACAUUGGUACAUGCUAGACAUAUGCGUGCUAUUUGCGAGCGUAUCUCGUCGAGGAUCUGGGAGGUGGAAGACAACCCUGAUAACCUUGUGCUAUUUAUGCCCUACUUACACUGGGAGGAAGAUCGUAAGCGUGACAAGAUGGCUAAAAUAAUUGACAAGGAGUCAGACAGAAAUCGAGAAGAACAUGAGACGCAGCGCAAUAAAGCCCGGGAACAGAGAGUAAGGGAACGUACUUACAAGCCUACCACUACCAACGACAAGCAAGUACGAAACUUGCUCGAGCCCGAUCUUUGCCGUAUUAGGCACCACGAUAAAGUUUCUCCAAUACAUAAGAGAAGCAUCCUCAAAGCUUGGGAGAAGAAUGCACGCGGAAAACCUAACGUCAAGCACGAGAUGGUCGACGUUGCUAGUGGAUUAGCAACGGGCGGGCUUGUUGAACAUGAAUACGGCAGUGAUGGCCACAACCUAUGGUCUGUUCCCAAGCUGAAGUGCUCCGACCAUGGGAGGUUGCAGAUUGAGAACAAGCUAGGUCAAUUUCUUUUGGACUCCGCUAGACUGUAUGAGGCAAUGUCCAUGUAUAGAGAUCAACGCCUGGUUGAGAAGUACCUUCACCACGAUCCACCUCUACAUCCUCGGCGCACCCUCGACCAGUCUUACUACUGGACUCUGAAGACAACAAAAGCGAGAGACAGAGACCAAGUUGUUUAUCGCGGUACAACCAUGGAUGAGAGGAACAUCCAUAGAUUUCGAGAACGCCGUGAAGAUCCUGCACUGUCUUGUAAAGACAAGAAACCGUUUUGGCGCUCCGAUGCUCCCUCAACCGCCGAGCAGAGCACUAACUGUGAUGUUCCGGACUCAUCUGAAAGCAACUUUGGCCGUUACAAAUGGGAUGGUCACUGGACGAAGACCGACGAGGACGGCUGCGAUCACUGCAGGGACGAGAUACGCAAGGUGUCCAGGAUCGUCAUGGUCGACCAGCUGUGGAUGUGGAUCUUGGACAAGCGGACGAUCAUCACCAGUUUCCCGAAAAGAUAUGGCGCAAACAAGUCAGAUCCCUCGGGGGUACACAAGUCGAUACGCACCCGUAUCAAGCACGCUCGCAAGAACCAGAUUCGAUCUGUCUUUGAUGUGGCACUCAUCAUUCUCGAUGAGUGCUCGAACACGUUCUUCGACAGAACAAAAACACCAGAUCGACACCCGCAGGUCAUGGACAUAUUCGCAGAGUCCAUCGGCACUCUGCAAAACAAACAAACAGUCUCUUUCCAGCAUUUAUGGCACUGGACUGAGCAAGCCUCCAAGGUUUACCACUCCAAGUCAGCCUUUGAGGACACAUCCCAUCUCCACGUUCCGCUUCUCAACAUCAACCCUGAGGGCAAGCUGCAGCGAGAAAUAAAAGACAUUAUCGAUGAACUAGACAUCAUGAUACAUGUCAAUGGGAAACAAAGGGAAGUCAUCAAGCGGUUCGUGAAGCACGUUGAAAAUAUCUACGACCCGAGUGGUAAAUGGCGGGACGAGACACUCAGCCCGGAUGGCAAUCGGGACUACUUUCGUUCCCGGUCAAUGUCGCGAAGCGGCGAAGACAUUAGGUCUACGGAAGAGGCUAGGAAACAAGAGGAACGCGAGAAGGAUGAGUUUACUUGGUUCCGCAAACAAGCAUACGAUCUCAUAUCAGAUGUGGACGACCGAAUGAACGAGCUCGAAAGCCUGCGCAAAAGCGCUGAGACUACAUCGCAAGGCAUCAAAGACCUUCUUGACCUGAAACAGCAGCAGGCUAGCAUUCUACAGGCAUGGCAGUCAGUCAGGCAAGCAGACGAAAGCGUUCGCCAAGGAAGAUCCGUCAUGAUCUUUACGAUUGUUACCAUCAUAUUUCUACCGCUAUCGUUCAUGUCGAGUGUGUUCGGCAUGAACAAUAGAGACAUUGGCGACACCAACAUGUCUUUUGAAGACCAGGCGAGUUGGAUGUUCCCAAUAUCCGCAAGCGUUAUUUUUGUCUCCAUUGUCUUCGCCUUUUGGACUUACCCGCGCACAAUUUUCUGGUCUGCAUACAAGCUGUCAGAAACAUGGAUUCUUGUCACUUUCGGCUUCUAUGCACUCUAUCUCAAGAUUGGAGAGUGGAAGAAAGACUGGACAACGAGCGAUAAGAUGCUGAAAAGACUUGAAAAGAAGGUGGAGGGCAUGAGGAGCCAAGUCAAAGAUCAACGUCGCGCCGAGCGCGAGAGGGCAGAUGCCGAAGUAUUGAAAAAAGCGGAGGAGACGGACGGCGGCCCAACAAAGUCUGAGUAUUGCUUGCCGGAAAAGGUAGGUGAUGUUUGA